AUAGCAGAUUCCUGAAAUUUAGAUAUUCAUUUUGUGUUGGCGAUACUGACGUUGCGAUCUUCGACAGUCUCUCCAUUUUCACAGAAAUUUAAUAAAUUCCAGUAUAUAACACAAUGGCAGAUCUACCGGCUCCAGUUCGCGUUUCUCCUUUAAUCAAGUUUGGCAGAUGGAGUUUCCUGACUGUCGGAGUUUUGUAUGGAGCUUUCCAUCAAAACAGGUUGUCUAAGAAGGAGGCUGCCUUCAGAGAAGUAGAAAGCAAGCGUAAAGCAGAACGUGAUGCCAAAUUGGCGGCUGAAAAGAAAGCUGCUGCUGAUAAAGAGAUCAAAGAACUUGAAGCUCUUGCUAAGUAGAUCCAUUAUGUAAUUCUGUAUAGGUAUAUCCAAAUAUAAGUUUACUUUACGUUUA